UCUGCUCCUGGUCAGGGACACGGAUUAAACUAUGUCUGUCCACUAGUAGUAGUCCCAUGACAUGUUCAGCUCCUAUCAAAAUGUCACAUGAUAUUAUACCAAAAUGGAAGUCCCUCCCUGACCAUUUUAUAAGCUGUCUCUUUUGCUGACUGCAGUAUUAAAGUCGUACACACACACGCACGCACAGACACACGUGCACACACACACACACACACACACACACACACACACACACACACACACACACGUGUUGUCUCAUCAAACAGCAGCCACACAAAAGUAGCCUUGUCAGCAGGAACGUCAGUAAAAAAACAGCUGAUGUAGGCUACUUGUUUGACAUUAUUCAUGUGCAAUCAUGUAGGAGUUACGGGACUGUGCUGUUAUCAUAUUUUACAGUUUGUCGUUAUGUCUCAAAAAGAUCAGCAUUGUAAAUGUAGUAUAGUCAUUGCAAGGUUCCUUUUAUUAUCCAUCAGCUUCUUUUUUUCAUGUUUCAUAAAUGAUACUUAGCUAAGGUAAAACUAGACUAUGAAGUAGUAAACAGCACGACAGUGAAACAGUCUGGAUUUGAAUUUGUACUGUACAGUAUCAUCUGGCCGCUAGAGGAAAAUGGGCACUGUCCAGUAGCCCCAGCAGCGCAGCGCCAUGGAUAGCUAGGGUGAUGCAUCUGACCUAAACCUAACUAGACAUCCAAUAUUUGUGAAUUAAUGUCAAGUUGAUUACCAGAAGGCAAUAUGUGACUAUACCAACUAAGUUUCUACAGUCUAUGCAAGUAUUGAGGAUUUCCGUUGGUGAUGGCGUCAGAGGAGCAAGACAGUGAGGAGGGGGAGUACCAGAGUGUUGAGGACAGCCUGCCUCGCGACAUGCUUCAGUACAGAGUACGCUACUCUCAUGCUAGGAACACAGAGAAGUUCAACUUCAAGGAAGACAUCAACAAAAAGAGGUGUCCAGCGGGCCGGCCAGGCGCUGGCAGGCUGAAGAGGGUUGUCUCCUGCAAGAGGAAGACCCACCGCCUGGUCGUGGCUCGCAGGAAGCAGGCUGGGCCGGGCCGGGCCGGGGACACGGCUGGCAGGCAGGACCAGUCGGACCCUGAGGAGGACCAGAUCUUCCACAUGGACCCCUGGGAGCUCCCACAUGCCAGUCACCCAGGAAGCCCUGGACAGGAAAGCUCCAGAAACACAGACUACUUUACUGAGAUGUCCAGGAAUCACAGCGCUAUGAUUGAAGUGCUUUUCAGCAGGAACCUGCGACUGACUAUAGCGAUGACCCUGUGGAGAAGAAAUGUUGGAGAAUUCCUUACAUACCUUGUAAGAAUCCAAGACACUGCUGUGUUUGUUGACUGUCUUCCUAUCAUCACUGAAAGCAUUAAAGAAGAGUCACCACUCUUUUCUAUUGGCUGUUGUGUCGACCUUUUACCACUAGUGAGAACAGCCCUUAACAGUCCUUAUGAAGGGUAUCUGACGGCAGGGUUAAGCUGGCUGGAGUCUGUCCUGAAGACAAGAUGGAAGGAUCUGGCUGCCUGUGGCUGUAGUGGAACUGGCACCCAAUCAUCAGAUAGAAAUAUCCAGGUUUUUAAACAGCAAAUACUGGCCGUGUGGACCCAGGAUGCGUGUUGGGCCCUGGCCCCCCUGGCCCCCGGGGCCCCCCUGGCCCCCGGGGCCCCUGGGGCUGCAGCAGCGGUUAUACACACCUACCUGUCUCACCUGUCUCACCUGUCUCACCUGUCUCACCUGCCCUGACGAGAAGCAACCAGAUGCUCACCGGAGGGCUUUACUAGCAGAUGUCGUUGCUAUUCUUAAAUGGAAAACAACAUGUUUUUAGAUAUCCAGUAUAAAUCUCAUCAGAUGAUGACUGCUCAUCAGAAUCAAAGAGAUUGUUCAUUAUGUUUACAUUUUACUUGACAGUUGUGCCUUUUUUCUCAUUUUGAAAAUGUAUAAAUCAUGCAUACAUUAAUGAUCCUGUGAAAAUACAGAAAUUGACUUCAUUGUGUAUCCAUUUAAGUUGAAGAACUGUGUGAUAGAAAAUUACCCAGUUACUAUCUACUGUGGUGAAAACAAAACAUUAAAGUCAGUGAUUAAAUAAAGGACACUUUCUUCUCUU